AACAAAACACACACAGAGCUCUCCCCCUCUUUGCUCUUCUCUCACAAAACUCAGCAAUAAUUCGUGUAGGUCAAACUUCUCUCACUAUGUCUGGAGUUUGGGUGUUCAAGCAGAACGGUGUGAUGCGCCUGGUGGAUGAUUCGUCUUCGUCCCGGAAGAAGGCGCUGGUGCACUUGCCCACCGGCCAGGUGGUGAACUCCUAUUCGGCGCUGGAGCGAAUCCUCACCGGGCUAGGGUGGGAGAGGUACUACGGCGGCGACCCCGACCUGUACCAAUUCCACAAGCACUCUUCCAUUGACCUAAUCUCUCUCCCCAGAGAUUUCAACAAGUUCAACUCCGUUUACAUGUACGAUAUCGUCGUAAAAAACCCCAAUCUCUUCCACGUCAGAGACACCUGAUCAUCCAUCACUACUGUAUUGAGUGAGUGAGUCUUUGUUCCUGUCUCUCAUUGAUCUAUGGAUUCUGGUCUCUUUCUGGGAUUAAAUUUAGUCUCAAUUUGGUAUAUGGUUUUUCUGGGUUUUCAUGGGUAUACAUACGCGUAGGGUUAUAGGUUUCACUCGAUUUCCUCUCUUCCCAUUUGGUUCGUGGUUUACUGCAAUAAAAAAAAAGCGUGAUAUAGAUGGUGUGUGUUGUUUUCGAUCUGUUCAACAAUAUGUAUUGCUUUCUGUAAAAUAUAGCUUUUCAAUCAAUGAUAAAUGAAUGUUGAUAUUGAAGAACCAAAGAGCUCAAUCGUCUGUGGUUUUCUGUUUAUGUAUAGCUGCUCAGUGUGCCAUGACAGCGAGAGUGCAUGUAUGUUUUUGUGUAUGUAUAUCAGUAAUAUCAGUAUAUGUGUGUUGUGUUGGUGACCAGGUGUUGC